UAUUGUCAGACAUAUAAACGUGCAUUCACAUAUGCACAUGUGCACACACAUACACUCAUCUAUGUUCUGAUUUCUUUUCUUUUUAGAAAAUUAAAUUAGGAAUAUUUUUUCUCAUCUUUACAGUGUCAAGGAAAGACCCAAAGACUUCCAGGAAAGACUCAAGAGAUUUGAGAACUUUCAACAAAGAAAACUGUGAUUAUGAAGAUGACGAUUACGUGAUUCCAAGUAAAUCUGACGUCAGGAAAGAGGAAAGGAGACCAAGGAACAGAGAAGGCCGUGAUUAUGGCAACGACGAGGCCUACCGGAUUCAAAGCAAACAAGUCAUCAGGGAAAGCAAUACAGAGGAAAGGAGAGAGCCAAGGGCCAUCAACAGAAAAGACCAUGAUUAUAAGAAAGCCGACCGGACUCGAAGUGAACAAGAUGUCGGGAAAAGGAAUGCAGAGGAAAGGAGAGAGACAAGGACCAUCAACAGAGAAGACCGUGAUUAUGACAAAGCCCCCCGGAUUCGAAGUAAACAAGAUACCGGGAAAAGGAAUACAGGUUAGUCCUGUUAUCAUUUGUUAUCAUGUUAUACCAUUAUUUUCAAGUAUAAGUAUAGCUAUGUAGAUAUAAACCACACCAUUGUGUACUGAUAGUGUGAAUAAGUUGGAAAGGUAAUAUCAAAUCAAAGAUAAACAAAAAAUUAAUGUAUAUUUCUAUAGUGCUUCAGUAAGAAUUACCGUUAUUUUAUCCAAAACGUCUGCCAAGCCAAAUCAAGAAAAUAUAUAACAAUCCUGUCUUAGCUAAGAUUUCAGAUACUAGAUAUAAAUAAGUAGAUUAAUAUUAUAUAAAUUAAUAUGAGAUAUAAAAUCAGGAAGAUCGUUUUUCAAAGAAAACAAGAUGUAGUCCUCUGUUUAUAAAUAAAAACACCUCGAAAGGCCGUUCGGUGGCGAACGAAACGUUCACUCAGCCGUUAGUUUAACAUGCUGUUCGAUAUCUACACAGGACGCUCUCUCUCUCUCAACCUCCCAGGAAAAAUAAAAAUAAUGAUAAAUUGAUAAGUGAUA